CUGUGCCGUUGUGACCACUCUCACUUGCUAUUGCCUUUUUUUUUUUUCGUUGCGUUCGUAGAAUUCGUCUUCGGGCUCCUCUAUAGUGGCAGGCAACAAUCAGAGUGUAACGGCAGCAUUUGUGCAUUGCAGUGGGUUUAAAUCCGUGCGUCGGUGCGUGCUGCUACUGCUACUGCGUGUCACAAAAAGUGAAUUCAAUUUCAGACUGUCUCUCCGUUCGUGAAAAGUGCAAAUCUCAGGCGUCCGCUUGGAAUCUGUGCUAAUUGUACUCUUAAAAUACCGGGCUCUUAUCCCACUUGAAGAAGCAGGGAGCAGUCGCGUGUUUGAUGUGUUUAUUUUAAACACCACUUUUGGGAUUUUUCCUGUUGCCGUUCCUCGAGGGACCACUGGAUUACGUCACACGGAUCGUGAAAAUCUUUGUGGUCGCGUUGGGUGGCAGCUGCGCCGCGCCAGCAACAUGUUGUGAGCUACUGUUAAUACGAUGGUAUGUGCCGAAGACGAAGCACUCUGUAUCAUCAAGGAUCCACUAGAAGGGGCUAAGCAGAGAAAAUUCAUUGUCACAGUACGAUCUCACUAUACAGUAGCAAAUCUGUACGAACAUGUAGCUCUCUCAACGGUUUAUCCAGAUUUUGAACUUGUGCUUCCCAUCGACGAAAAGGAUAACACGACAGAGCUCACUUUGCACGAUAAACGACGCAUGAAGUUGUCUGAUGCCGGCAUCAAAUUUGGCGUUCGUAACACGGUGAUUAUUAUCCCCAAAGGCCUAGAUUACUCAUCACCGAAUAUUUCAAUAGAAACAGAAAUGUCUUUCGACGACGAUUUAGCAGUGGGUGCUUCGGCAAGUCCCGUUGAGUCGUCCAAUUACAACAUGCCCGCACCGCCACCGCUUCCGGCACCGCUGUUCGACAGCACGGUACGGCCGGUUGAUAAGCAAUACACGUUGCGUCACAAUGGGGAACACUCGCAGAGUGCGUCCCACAAUUACCGUGGCCUGGUUAAUCAGGCGAUGACCUGCUACCUGAACAGUCUCCUGCAGGCGUUGUUCAUGACGCCCGAGUUUCGCAACGCGCUGUACAAUUGGGAGUUUGAUGGCAAGGAUGAGGCUAAAUCUAUUCCCUACCAGCUGCAGAAGUUGUUCGUCAAUCUUCAGACAUCUCCGAAGUCGGCCGUGGAGACGACUGAUUUGACGCGAAGCUUUGGAUGGGAUUCAGCUGAAGGUUGGCAGCAGCACGACAUCCAGGAGCUCUGCCGCGUCAUGUUUGAUGCGCUCGAGCAGAAAUUCAAAAAUACCAAACAAGCCGAUCUCAUCAACCGGUUGUAUGAGGGUAAAAUGAUCGAUUAUGUGAAGUGUUUGGAGUGCAACACUGAGAAAAAACGUGAAGAUAAGUUCCUGGAUAUCCCGUUACCGGUGAGACCGUUCGGGAGUACCGUCGCAUAUGAAAGCAUCGAGGAAGCACUCCGAGCUUUUGUCCAGCCGGAAAUACUCGAAGGCAACAACCAGUAUCACUGCGAAACAUGCGAUAAAAAGUGCGAUGCCCAUAAAGGACUUAAGUUUACCAAGUUUCCGUAUAUUCUCACCUUGCAUCUGAAGCGAUUCGAUUUCGACUAUAAGACGUUUCAUCGAAUCAAAUUGAAUGAUAAGGUCACAUUUCCGCAGGCAUUGAACCUAAACAACUUUGUUAAUGCGGUCCCUCAAGUGGGCAACAAAUGCACGAUGUUAUCGACCGAAACGGUCAAUGGAGUCAAUGGUGGGUUACCGGGGAUCCAAAUGGAGACAGCUGAGAACUUUAUGAAGACUUUUGAUGAGUGCAGCACUACAGAUAGUGGUUCAGCUCUGGAGGAAGAUUCCUCUUUCCAGAACGGCACAUCAGUAUCAUCGACGACUACCACUCCGAAUGAUCAUUUCAUCACGCAGGAUGAUGACGAAGGCAUCGAUAUGGAGCUGAAUGGUGAUUGUAAGUCACCUUCUACUAGUAACUUCGACGCCCCUGGUCCCUAUGAGUACGAGCUGUUCGCCAUUAUGAUCCACUCCGGUAGUGCAUCUGGUGGGCAUUACUAUGCGUAUAUCAGGGAUUUCACAAGUUGUCACUGGUAUUCCUUCAAUGAUCAAACUGUUUCAUCGAUCACUCAAGAUGACAUACAGAAGUCAUUCGGCGGUGGUUCAUCCAAGACGUACUAUUCUGGUGCCUACAGCUCGAGCACAAACGCAUACAUGCUGAUGUAUCGGCAGCGUGAUUCGGAUAAAAAUUCAACCCCAAUUAGCGAGGAUGAAUUCCCGGAACACAUAAAGAGCUUGGUGUCCAAAAUUCGCAUGGCAGAUGCUGAACGCAGUAAAUUUGAUUCGGAUAUGCGGGUUAAGGUUUACUUUGCCAAUCCGAAGACCAGAAAUAUCGAGAGCUACAAAAUGUACCUAUUGAAUGAGAGCAGCUUGGCCGAAACCCUGGAGGAAGCCUACCGCUGUCUGAAUGUGAAAGGAGUCGUCCCGAUCGAACGCUGUCGUUUGGUGGCCUACGACCGUCAGCGAGAAGUGAUCGAGAAGAGUUUCGAAGGAGAUGAAGAUAAAUUGAUCGGUGAUGUGUUAAGACAGCUAGAGAGAAGUAACGAGCUUUUGCUGGAAACUCGAGAGGAGCACGAAGUGUUCGAACCGUACUUACCGGACGGUGUUAUGACCAAACUUUACAGGGUGGAUAUCUGCAGUCGAGAUGUGGAUGGACCGAUUUCGAUCCGUGCUAGUAAAAAUCAAACCGUGCUAGAUUAUAAAAUGAUAAUAGCACGUAAGUUCCUGCUUAACCCCAAAAGCAUCACUUUGGCACUCAAUGAGUAUAAGAAUGGCAGCAGGAUACUGUUGGAUAAUGAGGCAACUCUUCGCGAUGAAGGAUUCAUAGAGUAUUGUAAAGUAUUUGUUACCGUGAAUAACGCAGAAGAUACAGACUUUCCCAAUAAGUUCAGACAGGUUGCGUCGAAACUGGAUCACGUCAUUGCUCUGUAUUUCGUUCUGCCCAAAAUGGAUCCAGAUACUUUAAAGAAUAUGUAUAUUCCCCGCUUCGUUCCGAAGCCCCUGUCGCAAGCACCCCCAGCAACAAUGAACGGAUGCGCCUCGGAUGCUCAAAUGGCAAGCAACGACAGCAACAGCGAGGAUAGUAGUUUGAGUGACAAUGACCGAACGCUGGUGGAGGAUGAUGUACAUGCACAACUCAACGGAGAUGUCAGUAAUUUACAUUUUACCAACGGGGUCAGCACCAAUGGUUUCACCAGCGGGGACGAUGACGAUGAGGAGGAAUCAUAUCUAAUGGAGUGCAGGAAGAAUGACUACUACUUCAAAGUGACUCCCGCAAACUUCCAGAGCCCAGCGGCGGAAACAGGGACAGAGGAUGACAGUGGCAGUAGUAGUAGUAGCAGUGAGAGCGAAAAAGUUAUCAAGGUGCUGAUCGAUAAACGCGCCAGUCAUGGCUGUCUGAAAUAUAGAUUGCAGUCCUAUCUGAAUGUACCGAUGGAGUAUUUCAAGCUGUUCAAAAAUUCCGGUGUUUCACAGCAAGAAAUAACCGUACUCAAGGAAGAGCUCAAUACAUAUACCGAUGGAGAUCGCUUGACGAUCGAACUUGGUCGCGUUCUGCGUAAGGGCGAGUACAAGGUCAACAUAUAUUACUUCAACCUGAAUGAAAUGACUGAGGAUGCGGAGAAAUUGCCCCUGUUGUGUCCCUGGAUCGUCCGGAAUGGGCAGUUGGUGGGAAACAUCAAACGUGAUAUCCUGGCACAUCUUGCCGCUGGUGAUAGCAAAUACAGCACGCUGACGUACGAGCGCUGCCGGUUGCGUAAAAAGUUUUGGAAGAGCAUUUCCAAGGUGUGCACAGAUGAUCAGAAGAUCGGGGACAAUGUGCAGCUGACUAGCAGUUCAGAUAUGAUUCUUCAAGAAGUAGAUGACCUUGCUAGUGUGACACCCUCCCAUUACAAUGAUGUUGUAAUUAUGGUCCGAAGAUGGCUCCCGUCAGAGAGGAAACUCGCGAAAAUUGAUGAAAUCUUAUUUCCAAAUAAGUGUGAACUGAAAAGUCUUCUGUCCAAGCUGAGUGGAAUUCCCGAUGAUAACUUGGAGUACUUCAAGCUGCAGCGGCGGGACUCAGUUUCACUUCUUGAACUUCACGACCUCCCACAGUGGACGUCAAUGCCUAUGCGCUCCGAUCUAUGUGAUAGUGACCUCCAGGAUGGUAACAUGCUGUACUAUAGAGAUAAAACCGAAGUUUUGUUGGAGUUGACGGCCGAAGAACGGAAAGAGCUCACGAAAAAGGACAUUCGCAGCAGUUCUACCUAUUCGCCCCGGAAGGAACGUGCGCUUAAAAUUUACGUGGAUGCAUCUCCAAAGAAGGCUGACGACUGAUUGCUGCUGGCAGAAUGUAGCGAUGCUAAGAGGAGAAAAUGUGUCUGAUUGCAGCAGAUAGUGCAUGAGCCUAGAAAAUCCAUUCGUGGUUGACGCCAAAAUAGCUUUUGCUGGCAUACAAAAAUUCGCAGCGCAGUGAGUCAAAUUUGUGUAAAUUAUGUCCAGAUUUGUAUAGUACCGAUCGAUGUGGAGUAAGUGCUGUCACGAUUGGCAAACUUGUAUAAUGAACAAAGAAUCACGUGAAGAGAUUUCUUUUUUUAUAUAUUCUAUAAAGUAUUUUUUCAUCUAUUGUUUACGGAGGCAGUGCCUUUCCGCUGCGUGGUUAAACAAUAUUGAACGAUGGUUGGUUAUCAUUUGCUUAGUUCUUUUUUUUGUAUUGUUUCUUUCUAAUAGAUUUUUGUUUUGUCAAAUUCGUCCCUGUAAUAUGACCACAAAACAAGAAAUGAGAAUAAUGGAAAACUACUGUGAAAAUUAUGUAUUAAUUUGACUAGCAAUUAGUAAUUAUUUAUACCGCAGUACAGCGUUUGUUCGUUGUACUUUUAUGUUUCACAGAAGAUAUGAUAAGUUUAAAUAACAUUGGAGGAGAUUCGCAAAUUGUGAGUCUUUUUUGCAAUCUAUUGAAGGUAGUCUAACUUUGUUAACUAGUAUUUGAUGUCAUUUUGUUCUUGCACAUGCAGCCCUUUUUUAAAACGAUUUUCCUUACCAUUAAUUUACUCUCAUUGACGUUUAUGAACAGCGGAAGGCAAACGAUGCAAAUGUGAGAAUAAAUCUACUUCUUGCUCUAAAUGGA